GGAACUAAACUAUGCUAACCCGAUAACGUUGAUAACGUUGGGCUUCCAGAUAGAUGACCGUAGAAUACGGUGGGGUAGGAUGAAAAGGAAAUCAGUGAUAGGUAUACAGACACGAGAGGUCGAUAGUUACAUAGUAUCACUCCCUCACUUCUUUAUCAAACCAAAGAAGUGAGAACUCAGAAGCAGAGUUCUACGGCCAUGGCGGACGAGACAACGGAGAUCCGAAACAACGCCAGGCUGGCCAUACUGGAGCUCGCCAACAUGAUCAGCGUCCCGAUGUCCCUCAACGCCAUCGUCCGCCUCAAGGUCCCCGACGCCAUCUGGCAAAGUGGUUCCAACGUCCCUCUCUCCGCCUCCGAGAUCCUAGCACGUGCCCUCCCAACCGGCGAUCCCGAAAACCUCCAGCGCAUCCUCCGAAUGCUCACCACCUACGAUGUCUUCUCGGAGCACAUCGCCGACGGCUCCUCGGAGCGCAAAUACUCCCUGACCGAGAUUGGAAAGACAUUGGUCACCGAUGGGGAGGGUCUAUCCUACGCCGCGUACGUUCUGCAGCACCACCAGGACGCACUGAUGAAGGCGUGGCCCAUCCUGCACGAGGCGGUGGUGGACCCGAAAGAGGAACCGUUCGUGAAGGCGAACGGUGAACCGGCGUACUCGUACUAUGGAGAUAAAUCGGAGAUGAACGAACUAAUGCAGAAGGCCAUGUCGGGGGUAUCCGUGCCGUUUAUGAAGGCGAUAUUGGAAGGCUACAAUGGAUUCAAAGGGGUGGAGCGCCUGGUGGAUGUGGGUGGAAGCGCCGGAGAUUGCCUGCGGAUGAUACUACACAAGCAUCCUCAUGUCCGAGAAGGAAUCAAUUUCGAUCUGCCAGAGGUGGUGGCAAAAGCCCCAAAUAUUCCCGGAGUGACACACGUCGGUGGAGAUAUGUUCGAGUCGAUUCCGGCUGGCGAUGCCAUCUUUAUGAAGUGGGUGUUGACAACAUGGACGGAUGAUGAAUGCAAGUUGAUAAUGAGAAACUGUUAUGAAGCCCUCCCUCCAGGAGGAAAGAUGAUUGCUUGCGAACCAGUGCUGCCGAAGGAAUCAGACAGAAGCCAUAGGACUCGAGCGCUGCUGGAAGGUGACAUCUUUGUCAUGGCUAUCUACAGAGCCAAGGGUAAACAUCGGACUGAGGAAGAAUUUAAGCAGUUGGGUCUAGCCUCUGGCUUUCCCCAUUUCCGAGCAUUCUAUAUUGAUCAGUUCUACACCGUCUUGGAAUUUCAGAAGUGAAAAUGAAAAGCAUUGUAGCUUAGCUUUAUUUGGUUUUCAUUUGCUCUGAUUUCCUCAGGUAGAGAUAAUAUUGGCUCUAGCUGGUUAUAUAUGAAUUUAUGCAGAUUACAUUCUCAAGGCAAAUAAUGUAUGAAUUAAUUUUAUGUCUGUGGAGCAGA